CCAUCGCAUCCUAAUCGUUCCCCGCUAUCCCUCCGCUGUUUAUACUUGCAACGACAGGCAUUGCGACUCGCCGUGCCUUUUUCCUGCUCACCGCCACGCACACCGCAGCUUGAUGUCGCGCUGCUCCCGCUCCACGUCGCCCGCUGGAUGAGAUUCCCGCGGUAGCCAGCAUCCUCUCGCUCAACACACUCGCUGGCCAUGGCGCCCGCCGCACCUGGCCUGCCCACGCGCUUCCCGUGCUGGUGCAAGGCCGUGUACUCGUGGGGCGGCGAGGUCAGUCACGACAACCGCCUGCUCCACCACGAUGCGCUGACCAUGCUGCAGACCAAACGCGACCUCGGGUUCAUAGAAGGAGACCUGAUCGAGUGCCUCAACGCCGGCGAUGGCUCGUGGUGGAUGGGCCGCUUGAAGCGCGACAGGCGCAUGGUCGGCCUGUUUCCCUCCAAUUUCGUCGAACUGCUGCCCGAGGACUUCCAGCCAUGGAGCCGCAACACGAGCCCAGCAACGGGGAGCAUCUCGCGGCAGAACAGCGCGCAGCCCGUCAAGCAGGCGCCCCAGAAGGCGAAGACGUUCCGCAAACCCUUCACGGCCUACGCUGCAGCGGCAGCACCCAACCCGGCCGCUGCGGCGCGCCAGAUCGAGAAGGCCGGCGGCUUCGCCAGCCCCAAUGGCAGCUUGCGCGUGCAGCACAAACCGUAUUCUUCCAUGAAGAGGUCGUCCACCGAGAGCCGCGACAGAUCGUCGACCGAGAGCCGUGCGUCUCCUCUGCCCUCCAAGCGCCCUUCGAACCUGCGCGCGGUAUCGCCCCGCCCAUCGACAGCGCCUGCGCCAAAGUACACACGCGCACCAUCGCCAGCGCCGCCGAACAACUACCAGGAAUACUCGCGGUCGCCGUCUCCCGCGCCCCCCGUCCAGUAUCGGCCCCAUUCAAGAGCUGUGUCGCCUGCUCCGCCAGCCCAAUAUCAAGCGUACUCGAGAUCUCCCUCGCCGGCGCCGCCUACGCAGUAUCGACCAGUAUCGCGAGCCGUUUCUCCUGCCCCACCCGCCCAAUAUCGACCACCGUCGCGCGCUGUAUCUCCCGCUCCUUCUUUCCAGUAUCGUGCCUACGAUCGCGGACCUUCGCCAUCGCCAUACCAAGAUGAACAAUUCCGAAGACAGUCAGUUGCGUCGUUCCAAGACAUGGGUUCUCCUCCUCCGCCUCCGCCGCCUCCACAUCGCGUUGCGUACAAUCCAAGCAGAGCGCCCUCACCCGCGCCGCCGCAGCAUGGCUACCACACCCCCGAACCUCCGUCUCCUGACCCGCGCACGAGCAGCAAGGGCAACUUCACACCGUCACCGUUGACAAAUGCCAUGGGCGAUGUCAUGUCCGCUUUACAAGACAUGAGCGUGGCAUCCCCGGGCGAGCGCUCCACACCGCCGAGUGUUUGGUCUCCAGAAGCGUUCGACGAGGUGUAUCAGGCGUCGGCGAGAACGGCCCGUGCACAGACCUCAAUCGGCAUCAGCAACGACAGCGGGUUUUAUGAGGGCGACGCGGACGAGGAUGGACCAGCACAGGUUCAGAGCUACGUCCAGCGGAUGGAGAGUCGCUUGCGCCGCAUGCAACAACAGGAGGGUCGGAAAAAUGACGAGCUGUUCAUACCCGGAGAUGGAUCCGACCGGCCGCCAUCUGUCCCCCCGAAGAACCAGUACAUUAGGCCAGGGUCUGUCAUGGCAGAGACUGUAGACCUGGAGCGCAGGGGGUCGAAAACACUGCGGCAUCGCAAGUCAGCGUACGACAUUGGAAAGAGCGUCUUGGGUAGAACCUUUACAACGAAGACCAACUCGACGACUACCACGCACACGAGCAGCAGUACGAACCGAAGUCUAAUGUCUGGAGCAUCAGCAACAGCUAUGAGCUCUACAAGUGCCGGAAGCUACUACCGCAAGAAGUUCGCCAAGGACCGCCCAAAGAGCGUGAUGGAAACUUCCCGCGGUGCAGGGAAGGGCUUUGGCUUCGAUGAUGGACGACCAGAGUCACCGUUUACAGGCAUUACCUACCAUUCAAGUCACGCCUCGGGAGAGCGACCUGGUUCGAACGAGGGGCAGCCAGCUAUGCAAGAUGGGUCCGACCCAUUAGGUGGUUUGAUGCAACCGACCAAGAGGAAGAGCGGAUUCUUCAGGAAGAUGAUUGACACUGCCAAGACGCAGGCAGCCAACGCGCGCAGUACUAUUGCUUCAGGAUCCAUCAGCAGGCCAGGCUCACGUGCAGCUAGUCGAGCGGCGAGCAGAGCGGGAAGCCGAGCCGCCAGCCGAAUGGACCCUCGAGGUCCGACAGGCAUGGGAGGCGGAACCCCCGUACAGUCAAAUGCUGCGCGAGACAUGGGUUUGAACGGGUCUAUCGACUGGGUUCAGGUUCGAAGAGAUGUCAAUCGGUCAAACUCCCUUAGCAAGAACGAAAGGACUGAACGCGCCGAUCGCUGUCAGAUGAUGGAUAUACCAGUCAUUAAUCCAGUCGACAUUCUGUAUGAUUCUGCAGAAGGAGACGAGGGCCUGGACGGCCUGCCAAUAUCUGAGCCAACAGACUUCAGCGCGAGUAACCUUACUCUGGUCGACAAGAGCGCACGAUUCAUCAACAGCAUACCUCUCGGAACAACACCUGCAUCGUUAGCACAAGGAUACGUCUGCAGACCAUACAGAAGCGAUGUCCAGCGUUUGAGAGCCAUCUUUACGUGGGUCAGUGAGCGUAUAGGCUGGGAGGACGACUUCGAAGGCGAGAUCGACACACGGCAUGUGCUUCAGAGCAAACGGGGAUGCUCCCACGAGAUAGCCAUCAUAGUGGCAGAGAUGUGCGCAUCCGUUGGCCUACAUGCUGAAGUCGUCCGAGGAUACCUCAAGACACCAGGAGAGUCUCUUGAUCUGGACAGCGUGGCGCAUCCCAACCAUUUCUGGAACGCAGUCAUUGUUGAAGGAGAAUGGCGCAUUAUGGACUGUUCGCUGGCCGGACCCACCAACCCCAAGAGGGCACAGUAUUCUAAUGCCGGUUCCUCAGUUGCAGAAUUCUGGUACUUCCUCGCCCGGCCGAUGGAGGUCUGCUAUUCUCACGUCCCUCUACUGCCGGAACAGCAGCACAUCUGCCCACCGCAACCCCAUGAUGUCUUGAUGGCAUUACCUUGUGCAACGCCUGUAUAUUUCAAGCACAAGCUUCGUGUGGCCAACUUCGAUACGAGCUUGCUUAACCUCGACAACCUUGAGAUGGCACAUAUCCACAUCGACGUCCCCGAGGAUGUUGAAUGCGUUGCCGAAGUAGAGGCAAGAGCCAUCACCCAGGAUGUAGAUGGCGACUACUUUGAAAGUGGGGAUGUCGUCCGGAAGCCAGCGCUUGCACAGGCGGAAUGGAUCGGAGGCCAGAAGAGAUAUACCGUGAAGGCAGUAUUGCCGGGCGAUGAGGGUCGUGGUGUGCUCAAGGUGUAUGCCGGACCUCGCGGUCUUAUGCACUCCAACAAAUUGAACCCUCACUCUCUAGCCCUUGGUCUGCCAAUCACGCACACAGGCACGAACCCUCCAUACUCGUUCCUGACGCUCCACCCUACUCCCCACGCGCAACGCCACGACCUAUACGUCGCCCAACCGCAAUGCGCCAACAUCGCGCUCAACAACACCUUCGUCUUCACCGUCCGCCAGCAUCCCUCUUCACUCACGCGCUUGCCCGACGUUACUUCACCUGGCCUAACUGGCCGCGCCUCACCAAACCCCUUCGCCCGCCCUGCUUCAGCUAUGAGCAUGCAGAGCGUUUCGGCCUCAGGAUCAAACUACACAAAUCCCUCGCAGGCAUCCUCAAGUUCCUCAGGUAGCACUUCGAUGAAGCCAGCCAAGCUCGCGGUGCAGACGCCGUCGGGCAAGAUCAUUAGAUUGACGAGGAAGGGCGAGCACAUGAGCGGAACCAACGACGGUGAUGGAAGUUCGUGGGAGACAGUCAUCAAGAUUGGCGAGAAAGGCACGUGGAGGGGACUGGUGCUUGCGGACCGGAGCGCGAGGUGGUGUGUCUUCGCACAGUGGGAGUGUGCUUAAUUCCUUCCAUCCCUACCGACCCCCGCAAAAUCGAGGGUGUAUGAGUAGGGCGGAUGUCUGCAAAAGCUGAAUUGCUGCAUUUCCUUUUCUUUCCUUUUGUUCAAGCGAUGCAUACUCAUGAUUCUACCUCUACGACUUGUAAUGCUACAGCGUUUGGGUCUGGCGCAUGUGCUAGCAUUAUCGGCGGCGUCUGUAUAGUAGGG